AUGGAGCCUGAUUUCGAACGUCGUUUAAUUCGAUCAAUGUCAGGUUGUUCAUCAGUUUCUUCAUCACCAUUUUCAUCUCCAGUAUCAUCUCCAUCACCGAUCAAGCACAGUGAUCGUUUCAUUCCACUUCGAAGUUUAUCUCAACCAUCUGCAUUUUAUAUUGAUCAAGAGCAAAUUCAUAAAGGACCAAUGUCAGAUAAAAAAUCAUCUCGUGAUUCAUCAUCAACUACAAAUACUGGAACGAAUUCUUCUUCGACAAAUGGAACAACAAUUGCUGCUGAUCGAACCAAAGAUCUGUUAACAUAUCAAGCUCUAUUACAAAAUGAAAUGUUUGGUACACAUAUAGAUUGUCUCUAUGAUGAACAACAUAUAAGCAAUGCCUAUUAUAAUGGUAACAGUAAUAAUCAUCAUUCAACAGGUAAUACAAAUCAAUCUACCAGUAAUGAUACAAACAAUAAUGGAGGAACAACAAUGGUAAUUGGUCAAGGUCUAGCAGGACAAAUACACACAACAGCAACUUUAGCAAUUAAUGGUAUUCUUACACCAUCACUUGGUUUUCUAUCUCAAUCGUCUCAACAACAUUUACCAUAUACAAAUUCUAAUUCAAAUUUAUUACGAACACGUGAUCCAAAUACAAUAUUUCGUUAUUUUGCUCGUCGUAAUACAGAUGAUUUACAUUAUUCACCUUAUUCUCUUUCAUCAUUAUCACCUGCAUCCAUUCGUCUUUUACGUUCGCCACGUAAACAAUUACGAAAAAUUCCUAAAACUCCAUUUAAAGUUCUCGAUGCACCUGAACUUCAAGAUGAUUUUUAUUUAAAUUUAGUUGAUUGGUCAUCAACAAAUAUUUUAGCUGUUGGACUUAAUGCAUCUGUUUAUUUAUGGAAUGCAAAUACAAGUAAUGUAACACGAUUAUGUGAUUUACAAACUGAAUCAGAUACAGUAACAAGUGUAGCUUGGAGUGAUCGAGGACAAUAUGUUGCCGUUGGAACUCAUAAAGGCAUUGUGCAAAUUUGGGAUGUAACAACGAAUCGUAAAACGGUUUCAUUUCCACGUCAUACAGCACGUGUUGGUGCAUUAGCUUGGAAUGAUUUAUGUAUAUAUUCCGGUUCACGCGAUAGAUUUAUUUUACAAAAUGAUACACGUUCAAAUAAACAAGAACGUAAAUUAGCUGGACAUAGACAAGAAGUAUGUGGAUUAAAAUGGUCACCUGAUAGACAAUUAUUAGCAAGUGGAGGAAAUGAUAAUCGUUUAUUAGUAUGGAAUCAAUCAUGUUCAAAUCCAAUUCAAGUAUAUACAGAUCAUACAGCAGCUGUUAAAGCUAUUGCAUGGAGUCCACAUCAACAAGGUCUUUUAGCUAGUGGUGGAGGAACAGCUGAUCGACAUAUUCGAUUUUGGAAUACAUUAACAGCACAAAAUCUACAAUCUAUUGAUACUGGAUCUCAAGUAUGUAAUUUAGCUUGGUCAAAACAUACGAAUGAACUUGUAUCAACGCAUGGUUAUUCUCAACAUCAAAUCGUUGUUUGGAAAUAUCCAUCAAUGUUACAAUUAGCUCGUUUAACUGGACAUACAUUUCGUGUAUUAUAUUUAGCUGUAUCACCAGAUGGUGAAUCAAUAGUGACAGGUGCAGGAGAUGAAACACUUAGAUUUUGGAAUGUAUUCACAAAAUGUCGUGCCAAUAAAGAAUCCGACAGUGUACUUAAUUUAUUUAACAAAAUUCGAUAA